ACCCGUUUGGCGUAAUUUCUUGGCCCCAUGAAUCAAUCGCCACCAGCAACCCAUUAUCCACUGACGGUGUAGCCAGCAGGGACAUCCAGGUAGGUCCCUUUUCUUCUCUCUCUCUCUCUCUCUUUCUCCGCAUGUCCUUCCUGAAACUGUUGUUGCUUCCCAUUGGCUACUACCUGUGAUUACCAUGUACCCACUUACGGAGGCUAUUCACCACCGGCGGGAAAAUUCAACAGGAAGUUGCCUGUGACGCUGCAGUUUCAUGGAGGUAGGUUUGUGAGCGGGAGCAAUGAGUCGGUGGGUAACGAUGCGUUUUGCAGAAGGAAUGCCAAGUUGUGCGAUGUAAUUGUUGUUGCUGUUGAUAAUAGAUUGGCACGGUGAGCAGAUACCCGUGUGAGGAUGGGCUCUAGGUUUUGAAUUGGUCGCCAAGCAGGCGAAUUUGGCUUCUUGUAGGAGAUUGGGUCUUCAAUGCUGUAUUUUUUAUAGCUUUGGUGCUUCUAUGCUUGAGCCUUGGCUGGCUACUUAUGGAGAUCCUUCCAGGUGUGUAUUACUUUGGGUUUGCGCUGGUGCAAAGAAAGUGGAUUAUGUGGCAAGAAAGGCUAUAAAGGCAGGCAAGCUAUUGGAUCCUAUAAGGUUGUGGCACAGGUUCUGAUUUACCUCUUCUUCAUUGGAAGCACCCACACAUUUCAGAAGUUAAGCUGGCAAACUCAUACUUCUAUGGCAAGGGUAUGUGCAAGCUGGCAUGGAAACUAUUCCUACCUGAAGAAGAAUUCAACCUAGAUCAUCCAGCUGCCAACCAUCUCCUCCGUGGGAACGAGCCACCUCUUGAGUACUUGCCACCAUCAUUAGUGGUUGCGGUAGAACAUGACUUUAGAGAGACUGGGCCAUUGCUCGCUAAGAAGAAUUGCAGAAAGUUAAUGUGGAUGCACCUUUUCUUGUUUAUAAGGAUGCUGUGCAUGAGCUUGCUACCCUUGACAUGCUUCUCCGGACACCAUAUGGGUCAAGAAGAACAUAUCUCUCAGAGGUCAUGAGUUUUCUUACUGAAUGAAUCAGAAAAGAAGUAACAGAUUACAAUAGGAAGAGAGAUGUUUAAUUGGUGUAUAAGCAGUGUUACCUCUUCAUCAUUUAUGAUGUUGGAGAGGAGCAGGAUUCUUGUACAUAAUGCUGAGGGUUAUAGCUUCCAGCCAAUUUUCCAUGAGUUUCCAUUCAGGUGAGGAUUUGUUCCCUUUCUUGUAAAGCACAUAGUUUUUGUCAGAAAUUAGGAUUUUCCGGAAUUUAUAGAUGGAUGUUCCCUCAAAUAUAUUAGAAACAUUACUUUGUUCAGCUCUUCAUUUCAUUGUUUAGAGGUAUUGGAAAUUACAUAUAGAAAUAAAACAAAAGUUAUUCCAUCUCAAUUCCUUCCAUCUGAUCAUUCAAAGUAAUUAAGCAACUUUUAUGUGAACCCGCUUCUUUCUGGCUUGUGAGAACGCAUACGUUACCUUGCUGGUGCCAAGCUUGCGUCUAUGCUAUCUUGCCGACAGCAAUGUUGUUUAAUAUAUUAAAGAAAGGGAAUAAGAUAGUAUAUCCUGCAUGGAUUUCCCAAGAACAAUGCAUAUGCAAUUGUAAAUAGAUUCUACUGUGAAUAUGCUAAUACUGCAGAAUGAUAGCACCUGAAUUGGCCGGCUAAAUAGUGCAUGCUCAUUAUCUGUGUAUUUAAUUUAUAUUUGUAUCACCUAGAUAAAAAGGAAGCCAUAAUAAUUAUCUGUUUAUAAGAUAUUGUUGCAGUAACUAAUGUUGAGAACAUCAUAAAAGUGAAUAUGUUGAUUAGAAGCAAUAAAAUAUUAUUUUUAGGGUAGAUUUUAUAUGUUCUGAUCAUAAUAAUUUUUUAAUGGCUAAAAAAUACUUUCAAAUUAUUUUUUACAACAACAUAAUAUAUUGUGCUUUAAAAGAAGGUUUCAACUAUAAUAUCACAUAAAAGUAUGUCCCUUUCAUUGCUCACCUCAACACAGAACGUAGUAAACAAAAACCAGAUAGAUGCAGAUAAAAUUGAAAGCCUAUUAGUUUGCUCUUGCUUGUCUUUCUUCUUUUUUAAUUUGUGCAUUGCCAAUGGGUUUUCCCUUGAGUCAGUCGCCUGGGAAGGUAGCAGAAGCAAACAAAACCAUAAUAAAAGCAAAAGUCACUAAAAAAAAACAUGAGAAUAGCGUAAAUGAGCUGGAUAGAAUGGAAAGCCAAAAGGGACAGGUUAUUGAACUCCUUAACUCUAGGGAUUCCACGCCUAUGUAAAAGAAAGAAUGUGCCUUGAUUGCUCCAUGCUUGCUUUGCUUUGUGCCUGCUGGAACCAAGACAACAUUCUAUGCUUAAUUCUAUUUUUCAUGAGUAAUUUUCAGUGUAGGAGAAUUAAAUAUUGUGGCUUUGCAAUCAUCACUCUCCAACAAGGGAACUCGUUCAAAUUAUAAAUAUCCCUUGCUAGAAACUGGGUCUUUCGGGAUUCAGUAAUUGCAUGAGUGUUUGAUACACUAAAAGAAGAGAUCAUGUAUCCUCCUUCCUAUACACAAUCUGAAUUCUGCUGUGAUGAUAAAAGUUAUGAGACAACUGGUUUAUAUCUCAAUCUCGGCCACAUCAUGCCGGAUUUUUCUGUAUUGGAGGAUGAUUGUACUGCUCGGUUUGAUUUUGAUGAAACACGAAGCCACAAGAGGGUGAAGCAGGCACCAAGUGCCACUGUAUCCAAUGGAAAUGGUGCUGGACUUUAUUGUACUGGCAGUAAUGGUAGGACUAGUACGAACAGCUUGAAUAUUGUGCCUAGACUCCACUUCAGGGAUUAUGUAUUGACUUACACAGAAAGGUAUUUAGCAAUUGAGGCUAUGGAAGAAGCAACAGCAGCCUUGAUGGACGACGAGAGAAAUGAAGUCAUUGAAGAAGAAGGUGGUGAUGGGAUGAAACUAUUACAGCAACUCAUUGCCUGUGCUGAAGCUGUGGCUUGCCGUGACAAGACACAUGCUUCUGCAUUACUAUCAGAGCUGGGAGCUAAUGCCCUUGUCUUUGGAACAUCAUUUCAAAGAGUUGCUCCCUGCUUUGUCCAGGUCUCUGAUCGGCUUGCACUGGUUCAACCACUAGGGGCAGUGGGAGUUCUAGGCUCUCCAGCAAAAACGGUCACUACUUUUACAGCAGAGAAGGAUGAGGCCUUGCGGCUUGUCUACGAGAUUUGUCCACAAAUCCAAUUUGGUCAUUUUGUAGCAAAUUCAUCAAUAUUAGAAGCCUUUGAGGGCAAGCGUUCUGUUCAUGUUGUGGACUUGGGGAUGACCCUUGGCCUGUCCAAUGGCCAACAGUGGCGCAAUCUAAUACACAGCAUAGCCAACCGCACUGGCCAACCGCCUCACCGCCUUCGAAUAACAGGUGUAGGAAACUCUGCUGAGCGCCUUCGAGUAAUAGGGGAUGAGCUAGAGUCCUAUGCACGAAGCUUGGGAUUGAAAUUUGAAUUUUUGUGGGUUGAAAGCAGCCUGGAAAACCUGAAACCAACAGACUUCAAACUCCUUGAUGGUGAAGUUGUAAUCAUCAAUAGCAUUCUUCAGUUGCAUUGUGUAGUGAAAGAGAGCCGAGGAGCACUAAACUCAGUUCUGCAGAUGCUACUUGAGCUAUCACCAAAGCUUCUCAUUUUAGUAGAGCAGGAUUCAAGCCAUAAUGGACCAUUCUUUCUAGGGAGGUUCAUGGAAGCAUUACAUUACUAUUCAGCUAUUUUUGACUCACUAGAUGCAAUGCUACCCAAGUACGACACGAGGCGAGCGAAGAUAGAGCAGUUCUUUUUCGCCGAGGAAAUCAAGAACAUCAUCAGCUGUGAAGGACCAGCAAGAGUGGAGAGGCACGAAAGGGUGGACCAAUGGCGCAGGAGGAUUAGCAGGGCUGGAUUUCAGCCUUCACAUACGAAGAUGACAAUGCUGGCAAAGCAGUGGCUAGGAAAGGCCAAGUUUUGUGAGGGUUAUGCAGUUACAGAAGAGAAAGGAUGCUUGGUUCUUGGGUGGAAAUCAAAGCCUAUAAUUGCAGCUUCUUGCUGGAAGUGCUCCUGAUUUUUUAAUUUUUUAAUUUUUAUAAAUUUCAUAAAUUACACAUUAUGUUUUAUAAAAAUCAUAAAAUACAUAAAAAGUUAUAAAUUGAAAAAUCAGUUGGUUCAA